AGAAGUUUGGCGGUUGUUGUUGUUGUGAGAAUUGUAACUGUUUGGACAGGAAGCAAAAACACUAAUGGCAAUGGGUGCUUUAGCUGUAUAAUUGGCUUUUUCUAGUGUAACUGGCUGAAGGAACAGAUUACCUAUCUUGUUCUUGUCUACUCUUAAUGAUGUAGUAUCGACGAGCAAUGUAAUAGGUGCUGAAUCACAGAAUUGUUUUAGGAAGUUGUCUGAAAGGGAUGGGCGAGUUAAUGUUGCCUGAAGUUCUUUGGGUGUUGAUGAAAAGGGCAGAAUUGUAUCAGGAGUAUAUGAAGGAAGUGCCUAUCCCAGCACAGCGGGGCUCUGUCACUCCAUUUACAUCAUGGAUGGGAUUAGACACCCCUCUGGAUAUCAUCGUUCAUCCUUUUAAAGCUGAAGCCACCAUCUGGCUGAUUGAAGAAACCCAUCUGCACACCACAUAUUCCCAUCACAUAGCUAAACUCCGGCUGUCAGAUCCAAUGCAUGAUGAUUUUGUUGAUCCCAUCUUGCCUGAGUUGUGAUGUUUCAUGUGUUCACUUCUAACUCUAUUUGCUGAUUCUGUGUAAUGUUUCUUACAACUCAAUAGAACCUUGACGCUGCUAAAACCUCAUCUUUUCUUUGGGACAACUGAAGGUGCUGGGCCUCUAUAUUUGGUUGAGUUUUCGAUUUGAAGAUUCUUUGCCUGACCACGAGCUGGCAUUUUAGCAUAAGGCAACGAGCAGCUUGUUAGUGCCUUUUUGUGUGUUGUUUCAACUGAUCUUUCUUCAUGUUGAUAAAUUGAUAUCUUAUGA